AUGCUGAUCACGCCUCGAACCUAUUCCGCUUCGCAAACCCCCGAACAAGGAGCGGUCCUCACCCGCGCUGAAGGCGCGUCUCGCUUCUACACCCUUGCUGGCUGGCGCCAAGCACCCGCGGAGGCAAUUUUGGCUUCAGAUAUGCUGUUGGUCCACCAGACCGGCAGUGUGCGCGUCGGAGAAAUCGCUAGAUAUACUCUCACAUACACGCCGGCAGCUGAUCCGAUCCUCCCAAUCCCCUCAGAACUCCACGUACGAGUGAAGAAUACAUCCGCGAUCCCCCUCCGCGCGGCCUAUCUCCAUGGGCCAUACACCCUCUAUACGGCCUGCUACCCCGCCAAAUUCGACCCCAACAGCAAAUACGAUAGCCAGGAGUCCGAAGGAUCUCCGCAAUUUGAACCCUAUCUGAAAGCAGGCGGGAACUGGGAUGCUACGAUCAAGAUCCCGGCGCACUUCGGGGACUCGCAUGCAUUAGCGGCAGGUCGAGUUGAGCCCGGGCAUGACCGAAGUGUGACCUGGGUCAUCGAGAUCGUAUCACAGGUCAUCUUCUCCAGUAGCGCGGUGGUGCACUUUGAAUUGCUGGUCGGCCGUGAUGCAAGGUCAAUGGAAUUUUUCUCAGGUGGCGGAGCGGGUAUGGGGCCCCCAGGGAAAUUCCAUGAACAUUGGCUUCCAGAAACGCGAGGACAGCAGGUCAUAGCGACGAAAGGUGUAUAUUCAAAGUCUCUCACCGUGCACGUCGAUGGCACGAGUAGUCUCUGGAAUAGCCCCCCGCUCCCCUCCAAGCCGCUGUCCCAGUCCACCGAGUCUAGCACUGAUGAUGUUGACGGUAUCGCAUCGGGUCUCCAGCAACUUGGAGACUUCACUGCGACCCCGGCUCCAAAGCCCCCGAAAAAAGAAUUCACCUGGUGGUACUAA